UGAGCCACGCUCCCAGUUAUUUCUCUGAACUCUCUGAGAAAAAAUAGCUCGUAAGUUGUCAGAGUGAGAAGGACUUCUCCACAGGGCUUAAUUUAACACGGUCACAGCAAGUUAUCUAACAAAGUGCGAGCAGCCGUGUGGGUCAGAACCUGGAGCAGCGGAUCAAGGCUGGGUGAGAGGGUGUGAAGUGGGACAGUCGCGUGCGCCUCCUUGACUGUGAGAGGUCGAUGAAGUGGGGGUGUGGGAGAAGGGGUCAGCAACACCUUCUUCUGGCUGUCUGCAGCUAAACACACCAAAAUAACCCCCACAGAGGGAGGCUGCUCAACGUGUGCAGCCUGUGAGGAGCUGGACACACUUCAAGGGCACUACAGUGCAGUAAAAGGAUCAGAUGAGAGGCAAGCGCUGGACCUUGAUAUCCACAGAGAUGACACUGGACCCUGGCUUAGAUCACAACAAAGGAUUUCCCUGCACCAUGAUACAGAGGGUAACCCUGACCCUGCUUCUCUGGGGUAGCUGUGUCUUGCUCAUUCCAAACUGCGAAGGCCAAGACACGUUUCCAACUCCUGCUGUGAAUUGCUCGUGUGAAAUUGGCCACGGGAAGUGUGCCGAAGAUGGUGAAUGCAGAUGUGACCCAGGAUGGGGAGGGCCUUUCUGCGCCGACUGUGCGCGAAUGCCAGGCUGUGUUCACGGCUCCUGCCACCAGCCCUGGCAGUGCACUUGCGAGGACGGCUGGACCGGCCGCUUCUGUGACAAAGAUGUUCAUGUAUGUGAAAAAGAGCAGCCAUGUCAGAACGGGGCUACCUGUUCUUUAAACGAAGCAGGAGAGUACAACUGUCUGUGUCCUGAAGGCUUCCAUGGGAAAAACUGUGAGUUAAAGACUGGGCCGUGCCAUAAAACCAAGUCCCCUUGUAAGAACGGCGGUCUGUGUGAGGAUAUGGGCGGCUACGCACCAGAGCUCUCCUGCCGAUGCCUGGCUGGUUUCACGGGGCCUCGCUGCGAGACCAACAUGGAUGACUGCCUAAUGCGUCCCUGUGCCAAUGGUGCCACCUGUCUGGACGGAGUGAACCGCUUUUCGUGCCUGUGCCCUGCUGGUUUCACAGGCCGCUUCUGCACCGUCAACCUGGAUGACUGCGCCAGUCAGCCCUGCCUCAACGGAGGCCGCUGUAUAGACCGCGUCACCGCCUUCCACUGCCUGUGUCCCCCUGGUUACACUGGCCGAACUUGUGAAGUUCCACUGUGGGAUAAGGUGCCCCAAACGCAAGCCCCACAUAGGAACUCUGGAUGGGGAGGAGGAGGAGGAGGUGGAGUCAAUAGGGUCACCCAGAACAAGCCUAAUAUUCCCACUUUAGCAAACAACUCACAGGGGAUUACAGCCGGUGGGGGCGAGGGCCGCCUGCUGAAGAUCUCCGUGAAGGAGGUGGUGACACAGAAUGCAGCGGCAGGACUCACUCAGGAGCAGCUCAUAACCCUGCUGGUACUGGGGGGCUUGACUCUGGCUGUGGUGGCACUUACAGCUGGGCUGGUGCUACGAGGACACUGGCAGGCCUUCUGCGCCUGCAGCCGGUGUAGAACACCAGCCUCCCAACAAAACUCAUUCCAGCAAUGCUGCACGCAGCAGCGGCACCUAGUUUCCACUCAGCAGGACUGCAAGAUCAGCUUCCUCCACUCCCCUGCUCCCCCCCCUGAGCUGGAGAAGAAGAGACUAAACACUGAGGUCAUAUGAAGCCACUCUUUUUACAUGAGUGCUGGGAUACAAGACAAAGACUGCUUGAUUUCUCUCACCGAAGAUGAAGAUCAAGAAGAACUCCGACAUCCCAACCAUAUACAAGUGUACAGUAUAUGGAACCAAAAAGGGAAAUGCUUCUGUUUCUGACCAAAAUGACCUGCUGUGUAGGCUGACAAUCAAGAGGUGAAGGAGCAGAUUUAAGGUAGUAUCAGGGACACUCGCUGAGUGACCAUGAACAAGAAGCACUCCUCAGAAAAAAGGGAAUAGCACUUGAGUGACCAUCAUUGACUAAGAGAGUGGAGUGGAGCAUAAAGCACUGAAAAAGUAUUAAAACGGAAUUCCACUUUUUAGACAAUGUUUUCUACAGAAUUCAAAGAUUAAGAUGUAAACAAAGUCAUUCAGAGUGGUCUGAUGUGAAACGCUCCAUCCUAGAAAAACACUUCAGUCAGAAUCAUGAUAGGAACCAGACAUCCGAAGAGUUUAAUGCCACUAAAACUACCUCACAAAAUUAUUAUAUCAGUUGGUUAUGAAUGUCUGAGACACUGUUUUAAGCUUUUUUAGGUUCCCUUGUCAUUUUGGAUAGUAAAUAAAAUGGCUAUAUUUGAGCUCUAGACCUCAUGAC